AUGAGUUUCCCACGCGAUGUAGCAGAUCGAGCGCUGGAGGUGACUCAAAAGAGGGGGAAGGAGAUGGAAGAACAGGGUCCAGAAGAACCUGGAGUGGGCAAGAGACCAAGCAGAGGUCCCCAUCCCACCCAAGCAGGAAGCAGUGCUGAAUUCUGGGGAAAAACUGCACCAGAGAUCAUGGCUCAGGACACUAUGACAGCAGAAUUACGCAGCCACUGCUUCCGACAGUUCCGUUACCAUCAGGCUGAAGGGCCCCGAGAGGUUUGCAGCCGGCUCCAUGAACUUUGCAACUUCUGGCUGGAGCCGGAGAGACACACAAAGAUGCAGCUCCUGGACUUGGUGAUCCUGGAGCAGUUCCUGACGAUCCUCCCCCAGGAAAUGCAGUGCUGGGUCAGAGGAUUGGGGCCGGAGACCAGUUCCCAGGCGGUGGCCCUGGCGGAAAGUUUCCUCCUGAGUCAGGCAGAGGAGAAGAGACAGACAGAGCAGCUCUUUCAGGUGUGGGGGCCAUCCAUGAAGAUGGAAGGGGCGUUCUCUGAGGCAGAAGGAGCUCCAUCCGAGGAAGGGCAGAGGGCUGUGGCCCAGGAGGGUGCCCAAGAUGCCCUCGCAUGUGCAGGGGAUGAUCAGAGGAAUGAGGAGGUCGAGGAACUGCAUCAUCUAUCACCUGAUGAAGUCAAGAAUGAAGAGGAAAGAGGAAACUUUGAGAACAAAUGCAGAACCAAGAGGCAGAAAGGCAGCUGCAUAGUCAACGAGAGGGAUCGACCCAUUCCUUGUGAAGGGGGGCAUGCCCAUGAUGUAAUUCACUUAGCAGAGGAAACAUACAAAUGCUUGGAGUGUGGGAUGAACUUCUCAGAUAAAACCCAAUAUGAUAUCCAUUUGCAAAUGCACAGCAGAAAGGAGAGCCAUCAAUUUUUGGAGUAUAAAAAAAGCGUCCUUUGUAGAGCAGAGGUCCUUGUAGACCAAGAGACAGAUGCAGGAGAGAGACAUUAUGGGUGCUCCGACCUUGGUGAAGCUUUCUCGAAGAAAUUAGACCUUAUUGAACACCAAAGGAUUUAUUCAGGAGACAAGCCAUUUAUCUGUUCAGAGACUGGAAUGACAUUCUCUGAUGGAAAAAGGCAUAAUGUGAAUUUUCCAGAGCACAGUAUAAUGAAUAUGUGUAAAUGUUUUUAUUGUGGAAAGUACUUUAAAUACAGAUCAGAGCUUCUUAUGCACCAAAGAACACACACAGGGGAGAAACCUUUUCAAUGCUCGGAGUGUGGAAAGAGAUUUAGUCAGAGUGGCAAUCUUCUACAACAUGAAAGAACCCACACAGGGGAGAAACCUUUUGAAUGCUCCGAAUGUGGAAGGAGAUUCACUGAGAGCGGCCGUCUUCUAAAGCAUCAAAGAAUCCACACUGGGGAGAAACCUUUUGAAUGCUCUGAAUGUGGAAAGAGAUACAUGAGGAGUGCCAGUCUUCUAAAGCAUCAAAGGACCCAUACAGGGGAGAAACCUUUUGAGUGCUCAGAGUGCGGAAAGAGAUUCAGUUGGAGCGAACAUCUUCGACAGCAUCAAGAAACCCAUAGACAGGAAAAACCUUUUGAGUGCUUGGAGUGUGGAAAGAGAUUCACUCGGAGUACUGAUCUUCAGCGGCAUAAAAGAACCCACACAGAAGAGAAACCUUUUGAAUGCUCAGAAUGUGGAAGGAGAUUCACUGAGAAGGGCAGUCUUCUAACGCAUCAAAGAACUCACACCGGGGAGAAACCUUAUGAGUGUUCAGAGUGUGGAAAGAGAUUCAGUCAAAGUAGCAGUCUUCUAAAGCAUCAAAGAACUCACACCGGGGAGAAACCUUAUGAGUGUUCAGAGUGUGGAAAGAGAUUCAGUCAAAGUGGCAGUCUUCUAAAGCAUCAAAGAACCCACACUGGGUUGAAACCUUUUGAAUGUUCAGCAUGUGGAAAGAGAUUCAGUCAUAAAGGAAAUCUUCUACUCCAUCAUAGAACCCAUACCGGGGAGAAACCCUUUGAGUGUUCAGAAUGUGGAAAGAGAUUCACUGAAAGGGGCAGUCUUAGCCAAAAAUACUGCCUCCUGUUCGGUGACUGA